AGUAUCUCGGCCGACAAGCGACGUUACACGUUUCCUCUGACACAAUGACUAACAUAUGCUUAAUACUCGCAGUAUUCAGUGUGUCAAACACUCGUGGUUUGGCUGUUAAUUUUACAUAUACAACGGAUAGUACUACACAAGUUGUGAAUAGCAAUGUAGUUAUGAACAGAAAUGGGGAUAAUACCACGUUCUUCGUUGAUGACAACCGAACUACCAUACUAGUGGGGAACCUUAUAGGUUUCACCACCAGUACCGACUAUGAUUUGGAGGAUGCGAUCUGUCAGUUUGCCGAAAGAGCGAUUCAAGAUGUCAACAAAGCUACAGAAUUGUUUCCAAUGUUUAAACUUAAAUUAGAUCCAUGCAUUGACGAGUCGAAUGUCGCCUCUGUAAACGGCAGGUUGUGGGACUACAUCUACCGAGGUCGUGAUACACCUUUUAUGUUAAGCUUUUGGCAAGGUCAAGCUGCGACGAUACCAGUAUGCGCUAAAUGGGGAUGCAUUGAACGCACUUUCCUUCCGCACAGAGUAUAACAACCAAAACUAUAAAUACUAUACUAGAACAGUUGCUGAAAGCUCAUUUUGUUCAUUUGCUUUCGAUGCCAUUAUUCAGCAUUAUACAUGGAACAAGAUAGGGCUGUUGACCUACAAUUUUGGGGAAGCGGCUAAGGCAGCUGCUGUGUUGAGGAACGAGCUUAAGAAAAGAAACGCGACCGUAGAUGCCGAUGUUCUCUUUACAUUCGAUGAAGGAUCACCUGAUGUCAUUUGGGAACCAUUAAAGGUAAAAAUGAGAAGAAAAUUAGUACAUACAAAGG